AUGAGCGAACCAGCAGAAGUUGAACAAUUUGCUUUCCAAGCUGAGAUAUCUCAGCUUAUGUCAAUUAUUAUUAACACCUUUUAUUCGAAUAAAGAGAUUUUCCUUCGUGAAUUGAUAUCAAAUUCUUCUGAUGCUUUAGAUAAGAUCCGAUAUGAGUCACUUACUGAUCCUUCGAAACUUGAAACUGGUCGUGACUUGUAUAUUCGAAUUAUUCCUGAUAAAGAACAUAACGUACUCAUCCUCCGAGAUACUGGUAUCGGUAUGACAAAGGCAGAUUUAGUAAAUAAUCUUGGUACUAUCGCCCGUUCUGGUACAAAGGCCUUCAUGGAAGCUUUACAAUCCGGUGCCGAUAUUUCUAUGAUCGGUCAAUUUGGUGUGGGUUUCUAUUCCGCAUACUUAGUUGCUGACCGUGUACAAGUUAUCACCAAACACAACGAUGAUGAACAAUAUAUUUGGGAAUCAGCUGCCGGUGGUUCAUUCACAAUUGCACGUGAUACAGAAAAUCCUCCACUUGGACGGGGUUCAGAGAUUCGACUCUACUUUAAGGAAGACCAACUUGAAUAUCUUGAAGAACGCAAGAUAAAAGAUAUUGUUAAAAAACACUCCGAAUUUAUUGGUUAUCCAAUUCAACUUGUUGUCGAAAAGGAAAUUGAGAAAGAAGUUGAAGAUGAAGAGGAGGUCAAGGAAGAAGAGGACAAAGAGGACAAGGAAGACGAAAAAAGCGAAGAUCAGAAACCAAAAAUUGAAGAAGUGGAAGACGAAGAAGAAAAGAAGGAAAAGAAAACGAAGAAAAUUAAAGAGAAAACAAAAGAAACCGAGGAACUUAACAAGACAAAACCGCUUUGGACUCGUAACCCUGAUGACAUCACAAAUGAAGAAUAUGCUUCAUUCUAUAAAUCCCUCUCUAAUGAUUGGGAGGAUCAUUUGGCUGUUAAGCACUUCUCUGUUGAAGGUCAACUUGAAUUCCGUGCAAUCCUCUUCGUUCCUCGUCGUGCUCCAUUCGAUCUCUUCGAGACAAAGAAGAAACGCAACAAUAUCAAAUUAUAUGUUCGUCGCGUCUUUAUUAUGGAUGAUUGUGAAGAUUUGAUUCCGGAAUACCUAAACUUCGUUAAGGGUAUUGUGGAUUCUGAGGAUUUACCUCUCAACAUUUCUCGUGAAAUGCUUCAACAAAAUAAGAUUCUUAAAGUUAUUCGUAAAAACAUAGUAAAAAAAUGUAUGGAACUCUUCUCAGAAAUUGCGGAAGACAAAGACAACUUUAACAAGUUUUAUGAAGCCUUUGCAAAGAAUCUCAAACUCGGUAUUCACGAAGACUCGCAGAACCGCGCUAAACUAGCAGAAUUUCUUCGGUAUUUUUCUACAAGAUCUGGAGAAGAACUAACGUCUCUUAAAGAUUAUGUUACUCGUAUGCCAGAAAAACAAAAAGACAUUUACUACAUUACUGGUGAAAGUCGUCAAGCCGUAGAGAAUUCACCUUUUGUUGAAGUGCUUAAGAAGAGAGGUUAUGAAGUAUUACUUAUGACUGAUCCAAUUGACGAAUAUUCUUUCGAGGAUCUAUGUAAACAAAUCAAAGAAAUUCUCGGAGAUAAAGUUGAAAAGGUCCUUGUUUCAAAUCGUAUCUCGGAAUCGCCCUGUGUUCUCGUCACAGGUCAAUAUGGUUGGUCUGCCAACUUUGAACGUAUCAUGAAAGCACAGGCGUUGAGAGAUUCUAGCAUGGCUUCUUAUAUGGCUUCCAAGAAGAUUAUGGAAAUCAAUCCUUGCCAUCCAAUUGUCAAGUCGCUUAAGGCUAAAGUAGAAGCUGACAAAAACGAUAAAACCGUUAAAGAUCUUACGUGGCUUCUCUUUGAAACCUCACUUUUACAAUCUGGUUUCACUUUGGACGAACCAUCAUCAUUUGCUGGAAGAAUUUUCAAGAUGAUCAAGCUUGGUCUUGAUAUUGGCAGUGAUGAAACCGAAGCAAUGGAAACUGAGGAAAUUCCCACUCUUGUUGACUCGUCCGCUGCGGAAGCUUCUCAAAUGGAAGAAGUUGAUUAG